AUGGCGUCCCAAAUUGAGAUGCAGUUCGAACUACCGUCUGGCGCUGUCAAAUCAGCAAAAUUUCAGAUGCGUCGUGAUCAUCCUGACUGGAGCGACGAUCAGAUCAAGGAUGCAAUUCGCGAACGAUUUCUGCGUGACCACGAGAACUGCAAGGCUGGCGCCUAUCACCAAGUCCUUGCAAACGCAGAAGCAAGGGUUCGAGAGGUCGUCUGUUUCUUCGUGGGCCCUGCCAACUACAAUGAAUACAAGAAGAACUAUGCCCAAAUUUGGGCAAACAAGGACAAGAACGGUGGGAAUAAGUUCCUUAAGCCAUGGUACUUCUCCGCAUACGAGUAUCAUCACAAAAACAUGGUAUGGGAUGACAAUUGCGAGCUGAAAGAUGUCAGUCAAGUGCAACGCCUCGUUAUGAAGGUGGGCUGCAAAAAACACCAUCAACAACAUACUCUUCAGUUCCCACUAACAUUGGCAAUGAAACUGGUGGUUGGAGGGUUGAGCCGUGACCAAUGGAACUGGUAUUGUACCAAUUCCAGCGCCAACAUGUCUCACCUGAAUGGUGCGGGAGGCGACAUCAAUCCCCUCAACUACCAUCCUGAGACGGCGGCCAUCAAUCUGGGCAGAAAACCCUGCCAUACACUUGCCAACGUAAUGGGUCGACCAGAUGUGUUUUGUCGCAACCACAAUGAACCAAAAUGCCAUCUUGAUGGGUGUAGAAUGCAGAAAAAUUGGCCUCGUGUGGUGGGAGAAAUGAUACAGCUAGCACGUAAUGGGCGGGCGGCGAUGGAUGCAUAUGAUGUUGUAGAUCAUGUCAUACGUUAA